AUGGACUCGAUUGAUCCUACCAUCCAAGAUAACUCCAUGGGUGAAGUGUAUAAUAAUACUAAUCAGAAUAUUGACCAGCAGUUCAUAAAUCAGUAUAUGAAAGAAGGACAAGGUCAAUCUGAUGAUUUGAUGAUUUUUGAUAACGAUUUAUAUAUUGAAAAUUCUAUUGACAACGAUAAUUCCGGUGUAACUAAUGUUGACGACAAAAAGGACAUCCAAUUAGUGGAAUAUGAUCAUGAAGGUAAAACCCAAAGAUUGGGAAGACCAAGGAAUCAUGGCCUAAGUCAUAUCAAGAGUGGUGAAAAGGAUUCUUCCAAAAAUGAGGUGGAGUCUAAAUAUAUGAGGUAUAGAUUAAAUGAUAACCCGGUUGAAGGACCUGGUUCGAGGGGUGGAAAGAUAGAUAAUAAGGUGAAGAAGGGAACUAUCACGGGAGAGAAAUUAAAGAAAAUGAAGGACGACAAGAAACAAUCACAAUUAGUGUUCAGUAAGAAUGGUCUUGGCUUAAACAACUCCGAAACUCCUGACAUAGAGAAGGAAAUUAAAGAUGAAUCAGGGGAUUCUGAUCAACCAAAAACAAAGAAGAUGAAAGUCUCACAAAGUCCUACACCUUUGAAGCUGGAAAUUUCAUCAGAAAUUAAAGUGCCAAAAUCUUCAGAACCCGAAUCAGUGGAGCCUACAUUUGAUGGUUCUGCUUCACGAACCACAGUCACAUCCAACCGAAGUAAGAUUUCUAGACAAUUUCCUGGUCCGUUAGUUCCCCUCACAUAUGACUUAUAUGAUGAUACAUUGAUGACCAAGGAAAAGAUAGAAGAACCUCUUGCCUUUGGAUUUGAAACCAAGAAAAUUUACUACGGAGAGGAUCUUGUGUUCUUGAUGUCUUAUUUAUUGAGGUUCCAAGACAUUAUUGGCUUAGGAUAUAUUGGGCCUCAGGACAUUGAAGAAGGAAUUGGAUUGAUCAGAGAAAAUGAUGAUGAUGAGGAAGUGCCUCCUGUUUCUGACAAAAUGAAUGAAUUAUUCAGUAGAUUGGUGACAUUGGUGCUCAACAGAAAAACUGAAGUCAAUCCAAAAUACCAAGGUAAAGCUGUCAGUGAAUUGAAAGCUGUUUUCAAUAGUCUUGGAAUUCCUAAAGAAUGGAGAGAUUUGAAUGAACCUUAUGAAAAGUUUCAAUUGGAUAAAGAAUUGUUCGAACCAGUGGAUUCCAAUAAUCCUGAAAUCUUGAUAGAAGAGUACUAUAAGCCAAGGCUAUUACAGCAUUAUGUUACGCCUUUUAAUGAUAAAUUGGGUUUUGAGAAGAUAGGAUUUCCUGGUAUAAGUGAUCCUAAUGACAGAUUAAUCAUCUUGAGUUCUUUGGCAACAUGGACUUUGACCUCAUCAAAUGAAAUCAAAUCUUCAAUUAAUGAAACUGUCCAGAAACAAGAUAUUCCAGGAGACAAAGAAACAUAUUAUGGGUCAAGAUCAAUAUUGAAUGGGUUUAAGCAUUCUGAGACAUUGACCAGAGAAACUAACGACAAAAUUUCGAAAAAGAAUUACAAAGAAGAUAAUGAAAUGGUCGCCAAGUAUGUUGAACCAAUAUCGAAUCCUUUGGACCACGGGUUGAAGUUCAGAGUAGAGGAAAUGGUUAUUGGAGAUUUGGGUUUCAAAAUUGGACGAUUCUAUCUCUUGAAGAUGGCAGACGAAAAAUCCGGUAAAUUAUCAUCAACAAAGAAAAUGCAAAGUGCUUGGAAUAGAGAUUAUAAGAACGUCACUUCCUCCAGGUUCAAAUUGUAUGUGCAAGAUGUCCAUGGUAUGUUAACCGAACAAUUUAAAGAUGAAGGUGUUGAAUUUGAUAGUGAGGGUAAUGAUGUGAUACAUGAACGUCCUGAAGGAAUUAAUUCUUUCAUGUAUGAAGUGGCUUCCAACUGUAAAGAACUUGAAGCAUUCAUAAAUCAUUUAUCAAGCAAGAUAUCCAAAACCGAAAUAGAUUCGAUCAUUUAUCAACCAAUGAGAAAUCUUUUAGAGAUCUUAUCGAAUAACUUACCACUUUUACAACUCCAAGAAGAGAAUCUUUCCACUGCCAAUCCAAAACUUCCCGAUAGAAAUUUGAAAAAGAAGAAAGUCGAUUACGAUAUGACUAAAUAUAGGAGUGAGGAAGACCUUGAAAAUGUGGUGAUAGAUGAUAAUGAAGAUGAAGAUUAUGAGGAAGAAGAAGUCGUCAUAGCGGAUGAUGAUGAAGAAGAUGAUGAUUAUUAUGAUUAG